UUCUGCUUUUCCAAAGUUCAGUAUGGGUACGUGGUAGCGGACCCAGACAGGCUGGUUUGGGGACUUUUUAUCCGUUUGCCCCAAAGCUUGAUUAACGGAACGGGAAUAUGUUUUCUUUCAAGGCGGAGCGCUCGGCGAAGAGGCACGGAGGCGCUCGGAGCGGACCUCCUGGAACCAUUCGGGUCACCAUGAACUCUGUGUCGGUGCGCCGCAACUCUGCCGUGCUGCCGUCCGUGCUUACUUUCCUGGUGAUUGUGGCAUCGGGAGGCCUGCUCAUGAUGAUCGAGAAGGGCAUGCUGAACACCGUGGAGGCUCCGGGACCGCGGGCCAUGGGCAGGAGGGUCCCCACGGCAGGGGAAAUGGGAAACAGUCACGGAUACGAAGACGUGGACUUCCAGGUUUCUCAGGACAUCCGGAACCGGACCAUCAAGGCCAUGUGCAGUCAGAGGAACAUGCCUCAUGAUAUUUGGUCCCUUCAGCCAGCACAGAGACGGACGUUACUCCAACACAUUUUAGUCAACGACCAAUACGGCUUUCUCUACUGUUAUGUGCCCAAAGUCGCCUGCUCCAAUUGGAAAAGAGUUCUGAAGGUUUUGAGCGGGGCCUUGGAGAAUGUCAAAGUCAAUAUUAAGAUGAACCACAAAAGUGAUCUUGUAUUUCUGGCAUCCAUGAAACCAGACGAAAUAAAGUACAGACUUAAGCACUACUUCAAAUUCAUGUUCGUGCGAGAACCUAUGGCUCGUCUACUUUCUGCGUACAGGAACAAAUUUGGCGAGAUUGAGUCUUAUCAGAAAAAAUAUGGCAUUGAAAUCGUAAAAAGAUACAGGAAAGGAUACAUCAAGGAUUCCAAAAUUGCCGGAGAUGAUGUAACCUUUGAUGAAUUUGUCCGUUACUUGCUCGAUGAAGAUAUCGAGCGAAUGAAUGAGCAUUGGAUGCCCAUGUACAACUUGUGCCAGCCCUGUGUCAUACCGUAUGACUUCAUUGGUUCCUAUGAGAACCUUGAACGGGAUGCAGAGUAUGUGCUUCAGCAAAUCAAAGCACCCCCAACUGUCCAUUUUCCAGAAAGGCAGGCAUGGUACAAGCCGAUCACACCAGAAACAUUACAUUAUUAUCUAUGCAGCCUACCACAAAGACUACUAAAAGAACUCCUGCCUAAGUAUAUUCUAGACUUUUCACUUUUUGCAUAUCCACUUCCCAAUAUUACCACUGAAUACUGUCGACAUUAGCUACAGUGUUUUAUAGUUACACUCUUCAAUAAAUAUGUAUAUGGUUGAAAAUCCUAUUUAUUUUGGUAAGGAUUUGCUUUGUAAUUGUGAUUUUUGAGUGUUUAUUGCUUUAGCCUCCCAGCACGAUGGUCAAACUCAAGUGUCCUGUUUAAUGCGUGGAAAAUAUAGCUACUGACAUAAAUGGACUUUUCGGUGUUAUGCUAUACUGUCUAUGGUUGUACCCGUACAGCAAGUUUACAAUUUAGUACUGCGUUACUGGGGAGCAAGUUACUUUUUGUUGUUACAUAUCCAGGUUAAUGAUGUAACCUGCAGGAAAACCACUUUAGAAAACAAAUGUCUUUUCAAAUUUCCAUGCACUGUUACAUAGUAUUUGACUGGCUGUAAAAUGAACAUUAGAACAUUUUUGUGGUAUUUUUUAUAUGUGAUUCAACAGGUUUAAAUGCAAGAAUGGCUGCUGGAGUUUAGCUUGCUGGCUGAACAAAUACACUUUUCACUGUGUUGAAAACUUCUAUGGGUCUCUUAUCAUUCCUAAAACCUUCGAUAUUUUAAUAAACUCAAAUAUUUCUAAGAUUGACUAAGUGCUGAA